AUGGGAAAAUUCAUCCGCUUGGACUCGACGGAUGAUGGCGAGAGAACGGAGACCGAGAGCAGAGGCGUAGUAAUAUUCACAAGCCGAUGUUCUCCAUGUUCAUCGGGCUCGAUGAGUCGACAUCACCUGGCGAGCGUAUGGUGUAUGGAGGCGUACCCGAAGGAAUGCAUCCUCUCCGCCACGUGCCCCUUCUUCCGCCAACAACUCCAAAAAUCACGGCGAAUCGAGCUGAAGGGCUACAACAAGUCCUCCGUCCACUUUUUGCUCUGUUUCCUCUACGGUGGGCUGACGGCGAUUCCGGAUGAGGUCGACACAUGGGAGGUCCUCGCCCUGGCUACUCAUCUGAAUCUGAAGGACCUCAUCGAAGUUGUCAGCUUACAUCUGAAAGCUACGAAAUGCCAUUGGUUCCAUAGGCCUUGCGCCGUCUGCGUCUCUGCCGUUUUCGACGCAUUACCGCAAUUUUACUCCAUUAGAUGCCUGAAGCCACUUUAUGAAGAGGCAAUCCAAUGGCAAGCCAAGUACUUUGCCCGAAUCUGGAAAGGGAGGGGUCUCGCCCUAAACCUGGGAAUCCUCGAAGACAUCCUCCCCACCCUGGUCCACAGCUUGUCCGCCGACGUCGCCAUCAAGUCUUACCUGGGACUAGCUGACCUGCUGACCGAGAUUCAAAGCGUCCCACCAUCUCCAAAGAAGACUCUGUCGAUUCCGAUCGAUGAGUGGAGCCCGAGGUUCUACGUUCUCGUCCGUCGGCUCUACGAACUUGUUGAUAAGCACCUGCUGCACUACGCCGCUUCGGUGGUCCGGGCGGAAGCUUGGAAUUUGUUGAAUGAAAGGGAUCAAGUGCGGAUAAGGGAGACUGGCAUCUUCGUCGAAAUGCGCCAACCAAAAGCCUCCAUGCCGCGCUUCAGCAGCAACAAUCGGAAGAGCGCUCCCGGAAAUACGGAAAAUCCACAGGCAUACAAACGCAGUGCAUCGGCUGGAGUGCAAAUGGGCCAUUUGUACACCCCGGAAAGGGGGAGGAGCCUGGAGCGGCACAAGCCGCUGACGAUGAUACAGCAAAAAGCUAGGGAUCCUGAGUCGGAGCCGAUUGAGGAUGAGAAGGAAGUCUUCGAAGAACCGAAACCGAGCACCAGCGCUGAAGCCGCAGAGGCAGCCAACGCCUACGAAGGAAGAAAAGCCGCCUCAACCAGCAGAAUCCGGAAUUCCCAGACCGCGAUCAAGCCGGAAUUCAUCCAGAGCAACUUCAAGAGAAUCUACCCCAAGAACUGUGAAAGAAGGUCCAGCGCCGAUCAAGACCACUGCUUCCGCCGAGGCCAAGAAGCGUGC